CACAAGAAGCACUUUCGGAGUCUGAGCUUUCACUUCUUCCAACUUCUUCAUCUAUCUACUUCUCUUCUCUUCUCUUCCCUUCUUCUGUUGUAACCAACAACAAAUAACACUUUUAUCCCUCAGAAAUUAACCAUUUUUCGUUUCUGGGUUUUCUAUAAUUUUGUAGAUUUUCCAUUCCUUCUAUUUUCUGCUGCUGCUAGGUAGCAGUGGUAUGUCUAGCUUAUGAGUUAUGAGCUAUGAGCAUCUUUCUAUUUUGAAAAGAAGAUUGGAAUUUUUUUCUCUUUAGAGAAAGGCUUCUUCCUAGUGGUUGGAUUUUAUCCAUCAAGUUAUUGAUUGAGGAGGGGGUGAUCACGCGAUCUUGUAGAUGAUGGAGAGGGUUUGUUUUUGUGCUUUGUGAUUCUGAGAUGUAGUGGUUGGUGAAGUGAAGAAUCAAAGGCAGAGUUUGUACGAUAAAUUUGACUUUUGGAUCGAGGUGGGUCCAUUUUUGUACACAAUUUUGUUGUUUGAUUCUGUUUCGAGCUCUCUAAGGGGAGAGAGAGGUGGGAGGAAGGUGGAACAUGUGAUUUUGCUUGUUUGUGUUGUACUUUUCUUAUUUCGGAAUUCGCAUUCCAGAAAAGAGGAGCUUUAGUUCUUAGGUGUUGUGAUCUGAUUGUAAGGAGGGAAACAAAGUUGAGCAAGUUUGAAACUGUAAGAAGAGGAAGGAGAAGAUCUUGAUUCUUGACAAGAGAUUGUUUCUUCUGCAUCUAUGGCGAUUCAAGAUCAAAAUGGAUUUUACAGAUCACAGGGUGGUCCUCCAGAAGGAGGUGGUGUAUCUUUGAGUUCUGGGCAUUCUGUCACACAUAUUCAACUUAAUGACCAGUUUUCUUGUGGGAAUGACUAUGCUCUGAAGGUAAGGAAGCCGUAUACUAUCACCAAACAGAGAGAGCGAUGGACGGAUGAAGAACAUAAGAAGUUCCUUGAAGCUUUAAAGCUGUAUGGACGGGCUUGGCGGCGUAUUGAAGAACAUGUUGGCACAAAGACUGCUGUUCAGAUUCGAAGUCAUGCUCAGAAGUUUUUUUCUAAGGUUCUUCACGAUCCUACUGGGAACAAUACAAACACAGUGGAGUCAAUUGAAAUUCCUCCUCCAAGACCGAAACGAAAGCCGAUGCAUCCUUACCCUCGUAAACUAGUUGAGACCCCAAAUAAGGAAAUUUCGAUCCCAGAACAACCUAUGAAGUCUAAUUCUCUGAAGUCGUCAGACUUUGAUCAAGAAAACCAAUCUCCAAAAUCAGUAUUAUCAGGAGUUGGUUCAGACAGCCUUGGUUCCUCUGAUUCAGACACACCAAAUGGAAGUUUGUCGCCCAUGUCAUCCAUUAGUGGCUUCCAUACAAGCAGUUUUACACGUGCCAAACCCAAAACAACAACAUCUGAGGAAGAAGCUGGGAUGGACACUGAUUCAACUCAUGAUGAGAAACCUCUUAUGAAAUUCAAGCUUCCCCCAAAUGGAUGUGUUUCCAUCAAAGAAGACAACACAGCAGAAGAAUCUUCCGGUCGGACUUUCAAACUCUUUGGAAUGACUCUAUUUGUAACAGACACCUGCAAACCAUCUCCAACAAUCGAGGAAUGCUAAAGAUACCUCUAAACAUUCGCGCGCAACGCCUUUCCUCCUCCAUGGAGGAUGGCAAAUUGAAACUUGUUGGACACUCUAGAGCAAGUGAAACAUCAGCAAUAUCCAAGCUAAAGGUGAGAGUGGAACCUGAAGCAUGUGGGAAAAGGGUUUGUGCCAUAUAAAAGAUGCAUAUCUGUUGUGACAGCUGAUGAUAGAGAAGAGCAAUGUAUCCAUCUUUCCUUGUAGCUUAUACCCCACUGGAUUUUUCCUUCAAAAAGUGUUCCCUUUGUCAUGAUGAGCUGUAAUGGUUGUUUUGGUUGCUGCUGGAUGUGAGUUGGUAUGAUAUAUGAAGGAAAAAGGGGUGGCUGAAAAUUUUGAUAUUUCUGUUGAAUUGCACUGCACUGCACAUUCUCCAGCUGUUCAAAUCCGUAAACUUGCCUUUUCUAUUUUUUUGACUUCCAAGUUUCAACACAUUCUCCGCGGGUCCAAGCCGUGUCUGUGCGCGGCACUUAGGAGCUGUGUCCGUGCUUCCUAGUUUAACUGUGAAUAACUGUGAAUUAUAUCUAGUGCCUUUUUUUUUAAAAAAAAAAAACUUUUUAUGCUCCCUAAGAGUAUGCAAAGUGUAAGUCACGUACUUGUGCAGUGCUUAUUAACGUACUUGUUCAUAGAUUCUAAUAUUUACUACCAUGAUGGAAAUUUUUCUAACGGGGCAUAUUUUGUGGAUUCA